ACAGGAAUUGUAUGAAUCUGGAGCUAGAAAGUUUGGAAUUUUUGCAGCAGGCUAUUCGGGUUGUUGCCCAGGGAUCAUGGCCGAUUAUGGCUUGAACUCUUGCGUCGACUUAGUUAAUAAUGCGGUCAAAUUAUUCAACACCCUGCUUAAUACUACUCUAAAUGAUCUUAACAAUAGAUUCCUUGAUGCAAAGUUCAUCUUGAUCGACGCUCGUUUAGUAUAUCCUAAUGAUUUAAAUGUUACUGAUAAACCAUGCUGUGAAAUUGAGUUAAGAACCACCGGAAAAGGGAGUUGUGUUCCGAAUCAAGUUCCAUGUAGCAACAGGCAAAAUUAUAUAUUUUGGGAUGCUUUUCAUCCCACGGAGAGGGUGAACGAUAUAGAUGGAACAAAGGCAUAUGAAACACUCUAUCCUUUUUAUACUUCAGAAGCUAUAUUACAUUUAACACACAAAGAAGCUGGCUACGAAGUUAGUGAUGCAUGAUAUUAAUGCUGGUUUUAGUCUAACCACCAAAUCUAUUUUGAUUGGUUUUUUAAGUGUAUUAUCGUUUUAUUUAUUUGAAUAUGUGAAUAAAAACCAAGAGAAAUUCAAUGUUUUAAUUGUAAGUUGUGGAA